AACAGCCUAGGCAAAAAAAUGCCUUUAGGGUUUAAUGAAAGUAUUAAAAGUAUCAAAAGAAUAAUGAUGAUAUAAGAUUUAAUAAGAUUUAAACUCUUAAUACUGAUCAAAUAUAUACCUAACAUAUUUACUGUAUAAUCUGCAUUAUACAAGUAGAAAAUUAUAUUCAAAAUCUUAUUUUGAAGGGCAGUUGUGGAGCACUUGCAAUUGGCCAAAAUCCAGGACAGCCCAGUGGCUUUGAAAACUCAAAUGAGCAGAGUCUUCACAAGUACUGCUUUUACAAUGAAUUCUGUUUUUCAUAUUACUAUUUUAACUUUUAUCCUUGUCAAGACUACUAUUCAUCUGGAGUAUUGUCCACCUCAUUGCCAGUGUGAGUGGGAAAUCCACAGUGUGUCGUGCUUUGGAGUUGAGGUUAUUCCUGUUUUCCAUUCCAGCACAAAGGAAGUAUGGCUUCUGGGGACAAGAAUGUAUUCUAUUCCUGAGAAUGCAUUUGAAAACUUGGCCAAUAUUUCACAAAUAUACAUAUCUGAUGACAGUACAUUAAGAUAUCUUGAAAGGCAUUCUUUCUACAACCUGUCCAGGGUCACACACAUACAACUAAAUGGCAUCAAAACACUGUCAUAUAUUGAUCAAGAUGCUUUUAAGAAUCUGCCUAAUUUAAAAUAUCUUGGGAUCACAAACACAGGUCUCACCACCUUUCCUGGGCUACAGCAUAUUCACUCCAGCCAAGACCAUUUUAUAUUAGAGAUGGUGGAGAAUGUUUUUAUCCAAGUCAUACCUGCUAAUUCCUUUACUGGAAUAUCUCUGAAUACUUUGACUAUUGUGCUGAAUAGCAAUGGUGUGAAAGAGAUCCAGGACUAUGCUUUCAAUGGAACCAAACUGGAGGAAGUGUAUCUUGAUAGGAAUUUGGAUUUAGAACAAAUAGAGGAAUUUGCAUUUUAUGGUGUGAUUCAAGGCCCAACUCACCUAGAUCUUUCAGAUACCAAAGUACACUCUUUACCAUCAAAAGGUAUGAAGAACAUUGAAAAGCUCCAAGCUAAAAACACAUGGGCCUUAAAAAUGCUGCCCCCCUUAAGAGCUUUUGUUCACUUACAAAGCGCUGAAUUGACCUUCCCAAGCCAUUGCUGUGGUCUUAAAAUGCUGAAAAGAGGGCAAGGACACUCUGAGGCAGUUAUCUGCAACCUGACAUGGGCUACUUCAGGAAAGCUGCAGCUGUCUUCUGCAAUGCUCCCUCAGAGGUAUCUGGAGUACAACAUCUCACAACAUCUGAAAUCUAAAAAGUUUGGUAUUCCAACUCAUGGCAGUGCAAAUAGCAAUCCCAACAGACUGAUUUGCCCAACCAAGAAGUCUCAGGAUGAUACUUUGUUCUAUGUAACAUAUUCAGAGCAUCUCAGUGAAGUUUUUGACUUUUCGCUGUGUAAUGAACUUGACGCAGAUGAUGGACCCUCAUGCACCCCCCUGCCUGAUGCUUUGAACCCCUGCGAAGAUGUGAUGAGUAAAGACAUCCUCAGGAUAUUGGUCUGGGUCGUCAGUUUAUUUGCCAUUUCAGCAAACCUAUUGGUGCUCUUCAUCCUGUUGACCAGUCGACAGAAAAUGUCUGUUACCCGUUUUCUUAUAGGUCACCUGGCAUUUGCAGAUUGCUGUAUGGGGUUCUACUUGCUGGUCAUUGCAUUUGUGGAUUUCUACACACGCUCCAAUUAUCAUCACUAUGCGAUUACCUGGCAAACAGGAAGUGGCUGCAAUAUAGUAGGAAUAUUAUCUGUGUUUGCCAGUGAGUUGUCUGUGUUCACAUUAACUCUAAUCAGUCUUCAGCGCUGGAAUGGCAUCUUCUCAGCUAUCAGGCCAGACAGAAAAAUGAGGUUGCGUCAUGCAUCUGUGCUAAUGCUUGUUGGCUGGUUGUUGUGUGCGUUUCUUGCACUGCUGCCAGUAGUUGGUGUGAGCAGUUACCAGAAAGUAAGCAUCUGCUUACCUAUAGACACUGGGACAACUGCUGCACGGACAUACAUUAUUUCUGUCUUGAUUGUUAAUGUCACUGCUUUUAUGGUAGUAUGCUUAUGUUACAUCCACAUCUAUUUUAUGGUACACAAUCCCAAUCAUAACUCCAGCAGAUACGACGCGAGCAUGGCCAAACGUAUGGCUGUUAUUAUUUUCACCAACUUUUUAUGUCUGGCUCCCAUUUGUUUCUACGGCCUGUCUGCAGCUUUCCACCACCCGAUGAUAACUGUCACAGAUUCCAAGGUAUAA